UUCUAGAAGAUCAGAAUGGUUCAGAAAAUACUCAAUAAAUUCGUUGGUGCCAAGUAUGUCUCUAUUCUGAGAACGUGGUUACCAACUAUGGUUACCUGGGGAACAGUUGGCGGCGUGGCGCUCAUUCACUUCACUGACUGGCGGUUAAUUCUAGACUAUGUGCCGUACGUUAAUGGGAAGUUCAAGAAAGACGAAUAAAGAAAUGAAGAUGACCAGAGCUCCGGUUGGAUUCCUUUCAGCUCAAGUAGGAUGCCCUGUCUCUGCAGGCUACAGAAUGCACUCUAAAAAUGCACAUUUUGAUCCAGUGUUGUAAGGUGUGAAUAAAUCAUUAACUUAUCCUCAUAUGUCCAAGAAAUUUUGUAAAUGAUGAGCCAUUAAACUUGUUUUGAUUCAAACUAUGUUUU